AUGGAGCGUCCCGCCACUCCGCGCAGAACGACACGCUCCUCCAGGCCUGUCUCCCCUCCCACUCCUGAAGUCACCCGUCGCAUUGUAAGUCCGUCUGAACUGCCAACGUACGCUACACUCUACCCAACGGCGAAUCUGACAAAGUGGCGACAGGAAGAGAACCGCUUAAAAGCGAAAGCAAUCCGCGACCAGCACGAGUCCGCCGCCCGCGCAUCCGGCGUCCCAUCGCUCUCCCGCACCCCGUCCGGCUUCGUCACCACCGACAACGUCCGCCUACCGAACACGCGCAAGCGCGCCUACGAGUCCAUAUCCAGCACCGCCAAGGUCCGCGACACCCCGUCGACAAGUCGCGAUGGCCGCGCUAAUGGCGCAUCGCCCGCGAAAGACGGCGCCAUCCGGCCCGCGAGGAAGUUUGCCAAGUUCGUCGAUUACGAUUUUGGCAAGAUGACCGACACGAAGGGCGGCUUCCUGGCCGCCGAGGACGACCCCUGGAACAAGGCCAUGUCCGGCUCCGCGACGUCUGGGGGCGCAAAUACAAACGGGAAGCCUGGCGCGCCCGAGGGCGGCCCGGCGGAGCAGAGGCCCAAGGGCAUGACACAGCAGGAGUGGGAGAGGAUGCAGCUACUAAAAAAGCUGAGACGGCAGAAGGCCGGUCCCUUCGAGCCCGGCAUGAGCGCGCUGACGGACGAGAAGGAGCGGAAGAAGUGCAAGGAGUGCAAGAGCCUGGAGAUCGACUUUGUGUGGGAAGAGGUGUUUGGGUGCGCCGUCUGCGGGCUCUGCAAGGAGAAGUACCCCGAGAAGUACAGUCUCUUAACCAAGACCGAGUGCAGGGAGGACUAUCUUCUCACGGAGCCCGAACUAAGAGAUGACGAAUUACUGCCCCAUCUUUCGCGGCCGAAUCCUCACAAGUCACACUGGCACGACAUGAUGCUCUUCCUACGGUAUCAGGUCGAGGAGUACGCCUUCUCCGCGAAGAAGUGGGGGUCGGCAGAAGCGCUCGACGAAGAGUUCGUGCGCAGGGAAGGCGAAAAGAAGAAACGGAAAGAGACAAAGUUCAAGGAGAAGCUGCUCGAUCUCAAGAAGCGGACCAGAACCGACGCCUUCAGGAGACAGCAGGGCAGAUUCGGGGAUCAGGUUGGAGGCGGAGGAGGUGGUGGAAGUAGUAGUAAGGCUUCCGGCAAGAAAGCCAAGUUUGGUGAUACGGUGGCGAACGGCGGCAAGCAUGUGCAUGAGUGGGGAAGGGUGAUUGAGAAUGAGGAUGGCGCGACGGUCAAGACGUGUACGAUAUGUGGCAUGGAGGUUGAGGAGAUGGAGUUUUGA